GCAAAACUGGUGCUAAAUGUUGUUGGCCAACUGAACGAAAUGAUUUGUCGCCUGUGCCUAAACAAUUUGGAUGAGCAGAAUGUCGUGCUACUUUUCGGCGCCGCCGAGAAUGACAAAAACAAGACAUUGCCGGAAGACUAUUUGGUUCAACUGAUAUCGACACAUUUGUAUCUCUGCCUUUCACGCGACGAUGCCAUUUCCACAUGCAUCUGCACGGACUGUCGUGCCCAGCUAGAGAGCUUUCACAAAUUCUGGAAGUUGGUGGAACUCAAGCAGACAACAUUGUGCAGUCAGUUUCUGGAAAUAGACUGCGAUGUUAAUUGGUCGGAGGAAGGCGAUGCCGAAAUGACGGCUAACGACGAGGCUGACCCAGACACAGAGCCCAAUGAAACACCACCCGUUGGCUUUGGGUAUUUUAUAAAGGAGGAGCCUGAAGUACAUGAAGUGUUCAAGAACGAUGCCAAAACGACGUCGCAUAAGUUUCCCUGCAUGUACUGUGAAAAGUCAUUCAAAAUGCGACGCUAUUUAGAGGAGCACGUAGCCACACACACCGGCGACAGGCCGAUUGCCUGUAGCUAUUGCGACAUGUCCUUCCGCUGUCGCUCCAACAUGUACACGCAUGUAAAGACCAAACACAACGAGCAAUGGCGAAAGGCCCGUGCCGAUCGCGAGUCUGCUAAGCUAAACACUAACAAUAACAUACAGACGCCCGCAAACGGCGAUAAACCGUGUGUAUUUAUAGAAAGGGAUGCAGCGGCCAAGUCGGUCGUCGCUCCAGAAACAGCAGCUAUAACGCCAUCACCUUCGCAGCCCGUGCCAGUAUGGCAAAAUGCAUUGGCACCUGCCGAGUUGUUAGUCAAAAAAGAACUAUCACCGGCCACAGGAACGUCGUCUAACCUGCCGCCAUCUGUAAAGCUGUCCACGUUGUCGACUCAGAAUUCAUUUCUUAAUGUGAAGCUGCCCACGCUGCCUACUUCAGCUGCGACUCAAAACGUGAAGUUACCCACUCUGUCUACUCAAAACAUGAAGCCUACCUUGCCGGUGCUUGCCCCGGAAUCGCAAUCAUCCGCACAACGACAGCCGGCUAAAGCCAUCAAAAUCGAGUCCGAACCCAUGGAAGCAAUCAAUCUGACUGUGGCCAAGCCGACUACAGCCUGCAGCAAACGCAACACACGCUCCAAUCGUCGCAAGACUCACUCACCGAAGAAGGUGCAGCAUAACGAGCUCAGUGCCAAUGAGGAUAGCAAUGCUGAGGACGCCGAAAUGCACGAGAAACGCAUCAAAAUCGAACUGCAAACUUCCAAGGAGAACGAGCUCAUGCUGGCCAAUUACAAUGCAGUGGCAGCAGCAGCAUCCGCUGUGGCAGCAACGCUCAACAGUAAUCCAACAGACACCUUGCAGCUACGUUUGCGCGCAAGCAUUAUACAGCAACAACAAGACCUACUGACAGCCAUGGUCGCAGCGAAUACAGCAAAUUCGGGAGGCGCCUCCACAGCUAUGGCGGCGGCAGCAACGCUCGCUGCCCAAUCCAGCACUCCCGCAUUGGAUGCUGAGGUCGGCAGUAGCGCCUAUACGUGCGGCAUUUGUGGCCAGCAUUUGCGCAAUCAGCGUGCCCUCAACAAUCACCUGCACAACAAGCAUCCGACACAGCAGCCGACACCAAAUCUGGAGGUGGCCGCCUGUGCCAAUUGCGGGGAGCUGCCUGGCCAAAAGCAUCGCUGCCUGAGCAAAGCCAAGCAUGCCUGCGAUGUGUGUGGCAAGUCCUUUAAAAUGAAGCGUUAUCUAGAGGAACACUUCGCCACACAUACCGGUGUCAAGCUACACACCUGCGCCUUCUGUCCCACAGAGUUUCGAUCCAAAUCCAAUAUGUAUCAUCACACAAAGCGCAAGCACAAGCUGGAAUGGGAGCGUUUGCGGGCUUCGCGCAAUGCCGCCAAGUCUGGUGCCCACGAACAACAACUAGAGGAGUCGGGAGCAACGGCGGCGGUGACGACGACGACAAGUGGAGAGCAGGUCAACACCGGUGGUUCCGUAGCUUAGCACUCUUAACUCAUAAACUUAAACACACACACACACAGACACAAUCAACACUCAUACAAAUUCCUAGUGAACUAAGGCAUUUUGAAAUGUAACUUUUUGUUUCUUUUUCCACACAUUAUCUUUUCUCCUUUGAAAGCAUUUUAUUUUAAUUGUCUCAAAAAUAUUUAAGGCAAUAGCAGUAAAUACUAGCAGAUGUUUACUUUAAUUUCUUUUAGACUAUACUGUAUAUAUUAUAUAUUUUGUUCUUUACGGUCAGGCGCGAGUUCUUCAACAUGCCUUAGACGUACAUAAGUACAUACUAGUAAGUAAUGCGCUACUUAAUCUCUAAUAAAGGAAACUACCAUGUUUGUAUA